UUAUUCCUCGGGACCACCAAACCAGUGCGCACAGUGUAGUGAGUCUCGGCCCUUCUCUCUCUCUCUCUCUUUCUCUCUCUCUCUCGCUCUCGCUCAGCAAUGUCCGGCGACGGCGCCGCCGCCUCCUCCUCCUCCUCCGUCGCCUUCUCCGGGCGGUUGGAAGGGAAGGUUGCUUUGAUAACUGGCGGUGCGUCCGGCAUUGGCAAAGCCAUCGCGAGGCUCUUCAGAAAGCACGGCGCGAGGGUCUGCGUGGCGGACAUCCACGAUGAUCUAGGCCAUCAGGUCUGCGGAACCCUAGGCGGCGACACUGUCGCUUGCUUCAUCCACUGCGACGUCACAGUCGAAAACGAUGUCCGCCAGGCCGUCGACUUCACCAGCGACAAGUUCGGCACUCUCGACAUCAUGGUCAACAAUGCGGGGAUCACUGGCAGCAAGGUGGUGGACAUCCGGGAAGUCGACUUCGACGAGUUCAAGAAGGUGUUCGAUGUCAAUGUGAACGGCGUGUUUCUUGGGAUGAAGCAUGCCGCCCGUGUCAUGAUCCCAAAUAAGAAGGGCUCCAUAGUUUCGAUAGCCAGUGUGGCUAGUGUUAUGGCGGGGAUGGGCCCACAUGGCUACACGGGGUCGAAGCACGCAGUAGUGGGGCUCACCAAGAAUGUGGCAGGAGAGCUGGGGAGGCACGGGAUCCGCGUGAACUGCGUUUCGCCAUAUGCAGUUCCAACAGGCCUGUCUAUGCCCCAUUUACCGGCGAAAGAGAGGAAAGAGGAGGCACUGAAGGAUUUUUUUUCUUUUGUUGGUCGCCAUGCGAAUUUGAAGGGCGUGGAUUUGAUGCCAGAUGAUGUGGCGGAGGCAGUGCUUUUCUUGGCGAGCGAUGAAGCAAGGUAUGUAAGUGGGCUUAACCUCGUCGUCGACGGGGGGUUUACUGGUGUGAAUCACUCCCUUCAAGCAUUUGAAUGAUUGGUAUAUUUGGGCAUAUUUAUAUUUUUGCAUUGCCUUAAAUAACUGCUUGAAAACUUUAUCAAUAUAGAUGUAUGAACUUUUUGAUAUUUAUGGGCCUUAUGUUUUAUAAAAUUAUUGUGGGCAAGAUGGCUGUUUGAUCUUUUA